CCAUCCCUGAUUAGGCGUUUGUUUUUAAAACACGUGGUAUAAAGUUGUUUUUUUUUUAUUUACAUUUUAGAUUUUUUUUUUUAAAUUUAAACAGAAAAAUCUAAUAUUGAAUGGUAGAAAAUUUUGAAUACUGAGAGUUUUUCUAUUGCGGAAAAAAGGGGGAAAAGAAAAAAAAGGGAGGAGAUUAAAAAAAAAAAAAAAAAAAAAAAACAAAAAAUGUCAGGAUAUAAAUUGGCAGCACGCAAAGCCGCGAGGCAUUUAAAUCCAAAAAAGGUGAUUUUUUCAUUUCUCACCGAGGAGGAAAUUCGAAAAUUAAGUGUUGCAAAAAUUUACAAACCUUAUCCAUUUAAUGAAGUAAAUCAUCCGGAAAAAGGUGGACUUUACGAUCCGGCACUUGGACCUUUACACGAUGACUCGGAUCCAUGUGCAACAUGUGGUCUUGCAAUACUUCAAUGUGAUGGACAUUUUGGUCAUAUUGAUUUACCAUUAAUUGUUGUUAAUCCAUUGUGUCAUAAAAUUUUAUACACAAUAUUACGUUUAACAUGUCGACAAUGUUUUAGUUUACAAUUUCAUAUACAUGAAAAAUUAUUGAUUGUUGCAAAAUUAAAAUUACUUGAGGAGGGCUUUUUUAGUGAUAUUAUUGAACUUGAACAAGAAGUUAAUUCAUCAUUAAUUGAUAUUAAAUUAAAAGGCAACGAUUGUAUUUAUACAUAUGUUGAGGAUAUUAUUAAAAGUUAUAUACAAAAUUUAUAUAAUCGUGAAAGAUAUAAAAAUAAUUUAAAAUCAAAUGAAAAUAUUAAUGAUAUUAAUACAAAAAAUUAUAAUCAAGAAUUUCAAUUGCAUAUUGAUAAAAUAAUGAAAAAUUGUAAAUUACCAAAAAAUUGUAUUUAUUGUAAUGAAACAUUUUUAAAAGUAACAACAAGUGGAAACAAACUCAUGACGCCUAAAAUAAAUCAUGUGGGCCCAUUAAAUAAAGAUAAAAUUGUGCCAAUUUUACCUGAUCAAUCAAAAGAAUAUUUACGUAAAUUAUGGAAAAAUGAAAAGGAAGUAUUAAAAGUAAUUGUACCGGCAUUGAAAUUAAUUAAAAUGGAAUAUCCAACGGAUAUUUUUUUUAAUAAUGUAAUAUUGGUAUUGCCAACAAUUUUUCGUCCAAUAAGUAUGUUAAAUGGACAAAUGGUUGAACAUCCACGUACACAAGUUUAUAAAAUAAUAAUACAAAAUUGUUUAAUAUUGAGAAAAAUAAUUCACGAUUUAAAAAUGGAAUCAACACAAAAUGAAAAUAUUGAAAUGGAAAUUGAGAAUAAUGGAAGAAGAAGUAAUUCACGUGUUCGUGAUAAUAUCAAUGAAGAAACUUUGCAACUAUUGAAAAAAGUAAAGGGUGCAAGUUUAAUAGAAAAAUUACACAAUUCAUGGCAGGAUUUACAAAUAAAUGUAAAUCAUUUGGUUGAUCGGGACAUGAAUCGUACAGUUGAUUCGGCGUCUUGUCUUGGUUUAAAACAAAUUUUAGAAAAAAAAGAAGGAAUUAUAAGAAUGCAUAUGAUGGGAAAACGUGUUAAUUAUGCAGCAAGAACAGUAAUAACUCCCGAUCCAAAUUUAGAUAUCGAUGAAAUUGGAAUACCUGAGGAAUUUGCAUUGAAAUUAACGUAUCCAGUUCCAGUGACACAUUGGAAUGUUCAUGAAAUUAAACAAAUGGUUAUUAAUGGACCCGACGUACAUCCUGGAGCUGUUUUAAUUCAAAAUGAAGAUGGAACGAUAAAAAAAAUUAGUGGCGAUUCAUUGGCGCAACGUGAGGGUAUUGCAAAAACUUUAAUGACAAAAUGUUCGCGUACAAAUAAAUUUUAUGAUGGUGUAAAAAUUGUACAUCGACAUUUACAAAAUGGCGAUAUGUUACUUUUAAAUCGUCAGCCAACGCUUCAUAAACCAAGUAUUAUGGCGCAUAGAGCAAGAAUUUUAAAAGCUGAAAAAACAUUACGAUUACAUUAUGCUAAUUGUAAGGCGUAUAAUGCAGAUUUUGAUGGCGAUGAAAUGAAUGCACAUUUUCCACAGAAUGAAGUUGCACGCGCCGAGGCAAAAUUGAUUGCAAAUGUUGCAAAUCAAUAUUUAGUACCAAAGGACGGAACACCAUUGAGUGGAUUAAUUCAGGAUCAUAUUAUUUCCGGUGUACGAUUAACAAUGCGAGGACAAUUUUUCAAUAAAGAGGAAUAUCAACAUUUAACAUUUGCUGCACUUUGGUCAUUGCCUGGUGAUUUUAUUCUUCUACCGCCGUCAAUUUUAAAACCAAAAGUCCUUUGGUCUGGUAAACAAGUGAUAUCAACGAUUAUUAUUAAUUUAAUACCAAAGGGUAAGGCGAGAAUAAAUUUAACGGGUAAGGCAAAAAUUGGCAAUAAAGAAUGGACAAUUGAAGAGCCACGUAAACCAAAAUGUGGUGAAUUAGAAAAAAAUUCAAAUACAAUGUCCGAAGCGGAAGUUAUUAUACGUAAUGGUGAAUUACUUUGUGGCGUUUUGGAUAAGGCACAUUAUGGCGCUACAACAUUUGGCCUAAUUCAUUGUGUUUACGAGCUCUACGGUGGAAAUUGUUCGACAAAAAUGUUAAGCGCUUUUGGAAAAUUAUUUCAAACUCAUCUUUUACAAACGGGUUUCACUUUAGGUGUUAAGGACAUUUUUUUAACAGCCAAAGCCGAUAAAAAACGAAAGAAAAUCAUGAAAGAAUGCCGUAAGAUUGGAGAGGAAAUUCAAAGAACAGCCGUUGAAUAUUCAAAUGAUACGCCACGUGAGAAAAUAGUGAAAAAAAUUGAAUCUGAAUUGGCAACAAAUCCACGUUUUCGUACAUUACUUGAUCGUAAAUAUAAAACGGCAUUGGAUAAUUAUACAAAUGAAAUAAAUAAAAUAUGUUUGCCGCAGGGUUUAAUUGAAAAAUUUCCAAAAAAUAAUUUACAAUUAAUGGUACAAUCGGGUGCAAAAGGUUCAACUGUGAAUACAAUGCAAAUAUCAUGUCUUUUGGGACAAAUUGAAUUGGAAGGUAAACGACCGCCUUUAAUGAUUAGUGGCAAAAGUUUACCAUCAUUUGCCGCUUAUGAUCCAUCACCACGUGCUGGUGGUUUUAUUGAUGGACGUUUUAUGACGGGCAUUGAACCGCAGGAAUUUUUUUUUCAUUGUAUGGCCGGUAGAGAGGGUUUAAUUGAUACAGCAGUGAAAACAAGUCGUUCGGGAUAUUUACAAAGAUGUCUUAUUAAACAUCUUGAGGGUGUUUGCGUUCAUUAUGAUUCAACGGUAAGAGACUCAGACGGUAGUGUAAUACAAUUUUAUUACGGUGAGGAUGGUCUUGAUAUUUCAGCAUCAAAAUUUCUCACACAUGAGCAAUUAAAUUUUCUCUAUGAAAAUCGUGCGGCAAUAAUGGAUAAUGAUUUAAUGGAACAUUUGAAAUUAAAUAAAAAUCCCAAAAUUGAGAAAGAUGAGAAAAAAUUGAAAAAAUGGCAAACAAAAUAUGGUUCAUUAUUAAAAAAACAUCGUACAUCGGCAUUUACUGAAUUUUCAGCUGAUAAUCUCAAUGAAAAUAGUUCAAAACGUAAUCAAAUUGAUCCCAGUAGUGGACGUACAAAAGCAUCAUUAUCAUUAAUGAGAAAAUGGAUAAGAGCAAAUGAUGAUGUGAAAAAACAUUAUGCCGAGAGGGCAAAAAAAUGUCCCGAUCCAUUAAAUUCAAAAUAUCGUCAACAUAUGGAAUUUGGCGUUUAUUCAGAGAAUAUUGAUAAAAUGAUUGAUGAUUAUUUUGUAAAAAGAAAAAACAUGAAUAAAAUUGAAAAUAUUAAAAAUAAUGAAUUAAAAGAUGAAAAAGAAGAGGAAUUAAAAAAAGAAAAAAAUGAAUUAAAAGAUUUAAUAUCAAUGAAAUUUAUGAAUUCAUUAUGUCCACCUGGUGAAGCUGUUGGUUUAUUGGCAGCUCAAUCAAUUGGCGAACCAUCAACACAAAUGACAUUAAAUACAUUUCAUUUUGCUGGACGUGGUGAAAUGAAUGUAACACUUGGUAUUCCACGUUUACGUGAAAUUUUAAUGAUGGCAUCAAAAAAAAUUAAAACCCCAUCAAUGGAAAUACCAUUUAAAAAUAAUAUUAAACAAUUAAAACGUAAAGUUAAUAUUUUAAGGAGAAAAUUAACAAAAUGUGUAUUAGGUGAUAUUUUAGAAAAUAUUGAUGUUAAUGGAUUUAUUUCAUAUGAGCCAACAAGACAAUUGAUUUAUACAAUAAAAUUAAAUUUUCUACCACGUAAAUAUUAUCGUUAUGAAUAUCAUAUAACGCCUGAGGAAAUAUUAGAUAAAACGGAGAAACAAUUUUUUAAAGAAUUAUUUCGUGAAAUUAAAAAAGCUGGUAAAAUAAGUGGUAUUUCAUUUUAUGUUGAGGAAAUAAAAAAUCGUGAUCGAAGAGAAAAUGCACGACUCGAUGGUGAUUAUGAUGAUGAUAAUAAUGAUGGAGAGGAGAGUGAGAGACAGAAAACAAAAACAAGAUUAAAUGAUGGCGAAAUGCAUGAAUCGUCUGAUGAGGAAGAAAUUGGAGGUGAAGUGGAUGCAACUGUUGAAAGAUCAACGGCACGUCAUAGGGAAAAUCAGGAAUAUGAUGAUCCUGAUGAUGAUGAGGAGAGGGAAAUGGAAAAUGAGGAUAAUGGAGAAAAUGAGGAGAAUUUGAGAAAUAAUGUCAGUUUAAAUAAUAAUGAUAAUGUUGAUGUUGAUGAUGAUGAUGAUGAUGAUGAUAAUGAGGAACGUGGACAAAUUGAUAGAAAAUUGAAAGUUGCAAAUUCAUAUCCAAAUGCAAUUUCUUAUGAUUAUGAUGAGGAGAAAGGUGAAUGGUGCAGUUUAACAUUUUCGCUUCCGCUAAAAAUGUACAAACUAGAUCUUCAGUCGCUUUUAAAAACCGCAGCGAAUAAAGUAAUUUUAUGGGAGACUCCAAAUAUUAAAAAAGCAUUCACUUUUCAAAAUCAAGAAGGUGAAACAAUUCUCAAAACGGAUGGAAUCAAUAUCAUUGAAAUGUUCAAAUAUGCGGAUAUUUUACAAUUGGAUAGACUUUAUUCGAAUGAUAUUUAUGGAAUUUCACAAACCUAUGGAAUUGAAGCGGCAAAUCGUGUAAUAGUAAAAGAAGUAAAGGAUGUCUUUAAAAUGUAUGGAAUAACGGUUGAUACACGACAUUUAUCAUUAAUUGCUGAUUAUAUGACAUUUGAUGGAAGUUAUCAGCCAAUGAGUCGAAAGGGAAUGGAAUUCUCUGCAUCGCCAUUGCAACAAAUGACAUUUGAGAGUUCUUUGCAAUUUCUCAAAAAUGCAACGCUACAAGGUAAAAUCGACGAUUUAAGAUCGCCGUCAAGUCGAUUAAUGUUGGGACAACCAAUUCGAAUAGGAACUGGAAUGAUUGACGUAAUGUUUGACUUGAGUAAAGUACUCGAAUCACAGAGAAAAAGUGAAGCUUGGUAAAAAAAAAACAAAUUUUUUUUAAUAUUUAAAACAAAAAAUAUUUGUAUAUUUAAAUUUUUUAUUCUUUUUUUUUUAAAUUUUAUUUCAAAAGCGAUUUAGCUGAAGAAAAAAAUAAUUUCUAAAAUACACUAAAGAAAAAAAGAAUUUAAUUUCUAAAAAUUUGUGAAAAGCAAUUUUUUUUGUUUUUUGUAAAUAGACGUUAAAAUAAUUUUAUUUUUACUAAAAAAAAAAAUGUAAAAAUAAAUUAUGAAAAAAUAAAA